UGUUUGCAUCUCCUAGUUUUCCAGCUCUGUGUCAUCUACCUCAUCACUCUCGACUUUGAUCUCUCCUCUCCCUCCUUAUACAACACAACAACAACAACAACAACAACAGUACAACACAGAAUAGAGAGAAAAAUAGUGAUCGACAAUGGCGACGAGAUACUGGAUGGUGUCUCUUCCCGUGCAAUCAUCUGCGUCUAAUUUAUGGUCUCAAUUGCAAGAAUCCGUCUCCAAACAAUCCUUCGAUACUCCUCUCUACCGAUUCAAUGUGCCUAAUCUUCGUGUUGGUACCCUAGAUUCGCUCCUCGCACUUGCUGAUGAACUUCUCAGGGCGAAUGCAUUCGUGGAAGGUGUGACGCAUAAGAUCAGGCGUCAGAUCGAUGAAUUGGAGAGAUCUUCAGGCGUUGAUGGUGGUGCUUUGACAGUUGAUGGAGUUCCAAUUGACUCUUAUCUUACAAGAUUUGUUUGGGAUGAAGCAAAAUAUCCGACUAUGUCGCCUUUGAAGGAAGUAGUUGAUGGAAUUCAUAGUUUUGUGGCUAAGGUUGAAGAUGACCUCAAGGUCCGUGUUGCUGAGUAUAACAAUGUCCGCAGUCAACUUAAUGCAAUAAACCGCAAACAAAGUGGAAGCUUAGCGGUGAGAGAUCUCUCCAACUUGGUAAAGGCAGAGGAUGUUGUUGCAUCAGAGCAUUUGGUUACACUCCUGUCAGUUGUUUCCAAGUUCUCACAGAAGGACUGGUUAUCAAGCUAUGAGACAUUGACCGACUAUGUGGUCCCAAGGUCAUCUAAAAAGCUGUAUGAGGACAAUGAAUACGCCCUGUACACUGUUACUAUGUUUAGCCGUGUCGCUGAUAACUUCAGAGUAAAAGCUCGUGAAAGAGGUUUUCAGAUUCGAGAUUUUGAACAUGACCCAGAAACACAAGAGUCAAGGAAGCAAGAGUUGGAGAAAUUGGCACAUGACCAAGAAACAAUGAGAAGUGCACUUUUGCAAUGGUGCUACUCCAGUUAUGGCGAGGUGUUCAGCUCAUGGAUGCACUUCUGUGCUGUACGUGUAUUUUCUGAGAGCAUAUUGAGAUAUGGCUUGCCACCAAAUUUCUUGGCAUGUGUUUUGGCUCCAUCUCAGAAAAGUGAGAAGAAAGUACGCUCUAUUCUCGAACGAAAUUGUACUGCUGGGAACAGUGUUCACUGGAAAGCUGAGGAUGAAGUGGGAGCAAUGGCUGGCCUGGCAGCUGAAGCAGAUCCCCAUCCAUAUGUAUCAUUCACCAUCAACCUUGUUUAGUUUGAUGUGCCUCGUUUUCUUGAAGCGGGCUGAGAUCAAAUGUCAAUGUAGAUUACCUGUAGACCAGCGGUUGUGUUCUGCCAUGGCUUGGUUUUGAUGCUUUGGAUCUGUGGCUUCAUAUCCAUGGAGCACUCCGAAUUUUUAUCAUUCUAUUGGGGCCAAAUUGUGGAGAUUUUCAUUUGCUAUUUAUAUUGUUCAAAAGUCUAUAAUAAUCCUGCAGGUGUAUUCUUUGCAAGAAAUGAAGCUUCUCAGAGAGCUUAUUUUUUUUCAGUUGUGGUCUGUAUGUAACAAGUGGGACUGGAGUUGUAUUUUCUAAUUUAUCAUUAUUUUACUGUUGCAAGUUAAUAAAGCACAUCUGUUUCAU